AUGGAAGAAGAUAAUUUACAGCCUUACAAAAUUGUUUUUGUUGGUGGUGCUUCGGUUGGAAAGACAUCUAUUAUCAAUAGAUUCUAUAAACAGCAAUUUAUUAUGAAUCCAGCAGCAACAGUUCAUGCGAAUUGCGUUCAGAAACAGAUACUUGUUAAAGAUCAGCCUGUAAUCUUAGACAUAUGGGAUACAGCUGGACAGGAAAGAUUUCGUUGCAUUAGUCCAUUGUUUUUCCGAAAUGCAAAAUUAUGUAUUUCUGUUUUUGAUGCAUCAAUAGCAGAAACAAUAAAUGACGCAAUGAGCUAUGUUAAUGAUUUUUUAGAUACUGUUCCAGAUGGAAUUGUUAUAGUUGCUGCAAAUAAAAUCGAUUUACUUCCGGAUUCUGCAUCAAAUGAUUUCAUAAAUGAAGCGCAAACAAGGAUAGAAAAAGAAAAAUAUCAUUUUUACUACUGUUCUGCUAAAACAGGUGAAGGUGUCGAAGAAUUAUUCCAAGGUGCUGCCUCUUUGAUGCUUGAUGUAGUCCAAGAAAAGCAAAUGAUGAUAACAGAUAACAAACCUUCAGAAAAACGCAAUUGUUGCUAA